UCGCUUCUUUCAGAAAAAAAUCAUACAAAACAGUCAAUACAUUAUGUAAAUCAACACAUAUAAUUUAGUACUGUUCUAUUAACCUUCCCACUUUAUUAUUAAGUGAAUAAUCAUCAUUUAUGUUAAAACAUUAAUUAAUUGUACAUUUUAUCAUUUUAUAAAAAGUUUAGAUAAAAGAGGAAAAUGAAGAAAAAAUCACUAAUAUAAUACAAAAAUAUUAUGUUUUUUAAUCCAUUUCCUGACAACAAUUUUUCAUGCAAAAUGACUUACGUUUAGUGAAGAAAACAGUAGCAGUCUAGAUUAACACUUUAUAUCGUCAUAUUUUUAUUGAGUUCAGAAUUGAGUUAUUACAUCAAUAUGUUGGUGAAAAUCAAAAUGGUACCAGUUCUCCACAAUUAAGUAAUCAAUUUGAAUAUAUCACUGUGUUGACGUCAUGAAAUGAGUAAUCCAGGCUGUACUUUUUUCAAUUUGUCAUUCGUUUGUUUCUUCUUUCUGCCCUCAACUUCAUAAAUCUAUAAUUCAGAAAUAUGUUUAAAUACUUAAAAAUUCACUUACUCAUCUAUUAAUUACCCAAUAAUUAUAAUGUUCGGAAACUGUAUUGCUUUGGAUCUCAUAAAAUAUGUAAAAAAAAAAUCAGUAGAAUUGGAGAAGGAGUCAAAUUGAUAAAACCUUAGACUUCGAUGAAGGUCGCUAGAUGGUCACUACUAUCGCGAACUACCUGUCUUAUUGUGAGUAUUAAACGCCAUUUUUGUAUAUGGUCAGACACGUAUAUCAUUAACUAGUUUGGAUUUAUUUGGCACUCAAUGACGUCAGUUACGCAAUCGUGAUCCAAAUCAAGGAAACAGAGUAAUAUAUUUGAAAAGCUACAAUUUUGGUGAUGGCGUUAUAUUUUGCUGAAUAAUGGCUCUGCUGAAAAUUUCCAUAAAAAAUGGUCUAAUAUAUUAAAUUCCUGACAGCCUAAUUUACAAGAUAAAAUAUCUCUGUGCAAUGCAAUCACUUUUAGUCUGCAAUAUGUUUUCUACUAAGAAUUACUUUCUCUUAAAACACAACAACUGCGUAUUCUUUUUUCGGUAUGCUUAGAAACAAGGGCUCGGCUGCUCAUGAAUAUUAAAGCGUAUACUUAGAGUUUUUUGGUUUUUAGUACUUUACGGCCACAGGCAUUUUUGCCCAAAUGGCCAGUAUACUUACAGUUACUAAGAAAAACUUUGAAAUUUGUUCUUUUAUUUUUUGUUAUUUACUCUUUUGUCGGUGCAAUUAUAUAUAUAUAUAUAUUAUUUUGGUAAAUUUGUAAAAGAGGAUAUUCAAAGAUUUUCCCACUAUAGCUAUAAUUUUCAAUUUCAAUUUAUUUAAAGUGGGAAAAUCUUUGAAUAUCCUCUUUUACAAAUUUACCGAAAUAAGAUGACCAAGAAACAAAAAUCGUAGUAAGAAGAGAAAAAAGUUAUUUAAGUUUGGUUUCUUCCUGACAUCAUAAGGGAAACUUCUCUCCACGGCGCUUCCGGGAUAUCAGUCUUUAUGGCACUUCAUCAGGUCGGUUCUAACCCCCCACUUUGCGUAUGGAGCAGAGCUCUUUCUUUGCUGCCUACAGCGCCUUCUUAGGGCAGUUGUAUGUUGCGUUUAAUAAUUGUGUAUGUGUAAUUUUAGCACAUAAUUGUGCUAAAUAGACUUCCUUAAAUAAAUAGGAAAGCAUAUCAAUUCAGAGUGUAUAUUGAUAGUAAUGGUAAGAAUUUUUUGAAAUAUCACAGCAGUGAAGUCAAUCGCUUUUGAAUUGUCUUUCAACUAUCUUCACACAUUAAGCGAUUGACAACGUCAUACGUUUUAUCGCAAUAUUUUAGUCAUUUCCUAAUCUCAAGAGCUGUUCUACCAGUGUAGAAAUUUUACUCACAUGUUUUUAAAUCAAUAAUUGUUUAUAUAUUAUGAAAAAAUUGUGCCGCCAAGUGUCCAUAGAAUCACCAGGCGCCGUAGUAAAAGAUUGUGUGUUCAGUUUCACAGUUCCCGUGCCAGAUACACCAAUUGGUGGUGUUCGAGUGCGUGUUGUAUGCGCCGGCGCUUGUUAUGUAUCUCGACGUUCCCUGUCUUCUUGUGAUGAUAGUGUAAGUUUGGCGCAUCCGGGAGUUCGUGACAGUGCAUUAUUUGCUGGAUUUGAAGUAGCUGGUGUAGUGACUGAUGUAGCGGAAGGUGUUGAAAAGGCACCAUCCAUCGGCGAAAGAUGCUGCAUUUAUCCUUUUGCAGGAUGUCCCCGUGGCUAUGCAGAGUUUGUGGCAGUUCCAGAUCCUGCCUACGUUGUUCCAAUUCCUGCUACAAUACCAUUAAGUUUAGCCGCAAUGUUGCCAAGUGGAGGCUUGCGUGCUUUUAAUACCAUCACAAUCGCACAACGUCAUCAUAAAGCCGCUAAAGUACUUGUAGUGGGUACAGGCGGUUUAGCUUUAUGGACAGUUCGUGUAGCUAAAUGUAUUGCACCCGAGCUAACGCUUACGGUAGCAAGUUUACGAGAUGAAGGACUUCAGCUAGCUGCUUCCUCUGGUGUAACAGUGGUGCAAUGGGACGAGGAUCUUUAUGAACGCUAUCUAAUUGAGCGUACAGUGGACGCUUGUGAGGGUGAGGUCGAUGUGGUAAUUGAUUACGGGACGACAUCUCGUAGUCUUCACAGGUCACUUCAGUGUUUGGCCGCAGGUGGUAUGGUGUUGCUCAGCGAUGAAGUAGCAGAGCGUCUCAUUCCCAAGUUUUCCGCCAAAGCACGUGAAAAACAACAAAGCAUUGAAGCUGUGGAGAUAGGUAGUGUCGAACAACUGCGUCAUCUUGUGGAUCUCGUAGCUACUGAACGCCUGAAGCCGCCCCCACAUACAGUCUUUUCCAUUGACGAGGCGAGCGAGGUUGUAAGUCGUCUCAGCAAUUCUGACAUUCCCGGACGUGCUAUCUUGCGUUUUCACGAUGUUGACUAAGUUACACACUA